UAUUACAGGGGGUGAGAAAGGCAACGAUGCAACCCCUGUUUUUCAAUCGUUGCCGCUCGAUUCUGCGCCUUAGUUUGGUAUACGGGGCGGCUCCUAUAUUCCUAUUCACCUUUAGCGUUACCCAGGAGUGCAUGAAUGGUGAUUUAACGCGUACCGAGAAAAAGAACCUUCGUGUCCAGCAGGUGCUGGACAAGUGAAAGAAUCAUAGUGCCUAAAGUCUCUUAUAAAGCACAAUGGUUACAGAUAGUGCCAGUCAGGCUGACGACACGACAGCAUUUCUUCGUGCUGCGCGGUCUGGGAACCUUGAAAAAGUGAUUGAAUUUCUCGAUACCGAUUUAGAUAUUAAUACAGCUAAUUCGAAUGGUUUAAAUGCUUUGCACUUAGCAUCGAAAGAUGGUCAUGUUGAAAUAGUAACAGAAUUAUUGAAAAGAGGUGCUACAGUGGACGCAGCUACAAAGAAAGGAAAUACUGCGUUGCAUAUAGCUUCGUUGGCUGGCCAAGCGGAAAUAGUAAAUAUUCUUAUUCAGUAUGGUGCUGCAGUUAAUAUUCAAUCUCAAAAUGGUUUUACACCUUUGUACAUGGCCGCGCAAGAAAAUCAUGAUCAAGUUGUUAAAUUGUUGCUCAGUAACGGCGCCAAUCAAAGUCUUGCUACAGAGGAUGGAUUUACACCUCUUGCUGUUGCAAUGCAACAAGGACACGAUAAAGUUGUCAGCGUUCUUUUAGAAAAUGAUUCUAAAGGAAAAGUUAGAUUACCAGCACUUCAUAUUGCGGCUAAAAAAGAUGACUGUAAGGCUGCUGAUCUAUUAUUACAGAAUGAUCAUAAACCUGAUGUUACAUCGAAAAGUGGCUUUACACCUUUACAUAUCGCUGCCCAUUAUGGAAACGAAGAAAUAGCACGUUUAUUAAUAAAACGUGGAGCUGAUGUGAAUUAUUUAGCAAAGCAUAAUAUAAGCCCUUUACACGUAGCAGCGAAAUGGGGUAAAAACAAUAUGGUUAAAGUAUUAUUAGAAAAUUCUGCGCAAAUCGAUGCUAAAACCAGGGAUGGUUUAACACCGCUUCAUUGUGCAGCAAGAUCUGGUCAUGAACAAGUUAUUACCACGCUUCUUGAACACUCUGCACCUAUUAGUGCACGAACGAAAAAUGGACUUGCACCAUUGCACAUGGCAUCACAAGGAGAUCAUGUGGAUGCAGCAAGAGUAUUAUUAUAUCAUCGAGCGCCAGUAGAUGAAGUUACGAUCGAUUAUUUAACGUCUCUUCAUGUUGCCGCACAUUGUGGACAUGUUAGAGUUGCGAAAUUACUUCUGGACCGGAAAGCUGAUCCGAAUGCACGAGCUUUAAAUGGCUUCACACCACUGCAUAUUGCUUGUAAGAAGAAUCGAAUAAAAGUUGUUGAACUCUUAGUAAAACAUGGAGCAUCGAUCGAGUCUACCACCGAGUCUGGACUGACUCCAUUACAUGUGGCCAGUUUUAUGGGAUGUAUGAAUAUCGUGAUAUUUCUACUGCAACACGAAGCCAAUCCUGACGUGCCAACUGUUAGGGGUGAAACACCUCUACAUCUGGCAGCUAGAGCUAAUCAAACAGACAUUAUUCGAAUUUUAUUACGAAACGGAGCCAAAGUUGAUGCUCGAGCAAGGGAACAACAAACACCCCUUCAUAUUGCAUCACGAUUAGGAAAUAUUGAUAUUGUUAUGUUACUUCUGCAACAUGGUGCAGCAGUUGACACUACCACAAAAGAUAUGUACACAGCAUUGCAUAUUGCAGCAAAAGAAGGGCAGGAGGAGGUAAUGUACAAAGAAAUUUCAAAGAUAGCGGAUUACAUCAGCACGCAAAGUAGAUUAUAUUUAUUUUGGAUAAGAUAUCGUGAAUACCUUAUAUAGUUUCUGUAAUUAGAAAAUUUCUUAUUUUCUGUUGUUACAUAUUUCCUUCUUUAUCAUUUAUAUUUUAUUUCAUAUUCUGUUAAUUAAGUUUCGUUUAU